AUAUGUGUUUGCUCUGGAGGAAGAGAAGCAGACAUAUGACGGACUUAACUAAAGAGUUGAGUAGAGUAGAUUGGUUGACAAGGAUCACAGAGUCACACAGUGGGGCGAGCAGAAGAGAAAAGGAGUAGCAAAAACAGGGGAGCAGGUGACUGAGGGAACAAAACAAGGAAAAGAAUAUAGGAAGAGAAGAAGAUGGGUGGACGAGUGGCACCGAGCUGCUGGCUUCUGCUCACACUCUCUCUGAAAGGUAUUUUUGCAGGUGAUUGGUCAGUUGGUCUCCCUUCCAGUCCUAUCUGUGCUGUGAUUGGUUCCUCUGUGGUUCUCCCUUGUUCCUAUGACUACCCCCAAAGUUCUAAUGAAACCAAGGAAGAGGGACGGCUCUCUUCUCAGGGUGGAGGAGAAGAAGGACAAAAGUACAAAGUUUUGUCUGAAAUGUGGUGUCUCGAAGACAGUCGCUGUAUCACACCAAGAUAUGUCUUCCACAGUGACGGUGUCUUCCCAGAUCCAUCCUACCAGAGCAGGGUGGAGUACCUGGGACAACCAGGAACAAAAAACUGUUCUCUGAGGAUUUCUGAUCUGAAGCAGUCGGACAGUGGCACAUACGUGUUUUACCUCAUCACCAGCCACCCUACACAGAAGAUGCCAGAGCAGAGCGGUACACAGCUCCUGGUGACAGACUCCUCCAGCGCAGUCACAGUGUCAGCAAGUCCCUCCAGUGACAUCACAGUGGGCGGGGCCUUACGCCUGGCCUGCUGCAGCCCUGCGGCCAGCCCACAGGCCCGUUACAGAUGGUACAGGAGCACAAGCACCAGCCCGAAACAUACUGGACAGGUGUGGAACAUCAGUAAGGUUACCUCGGAUGAAUCUGGCAGCUACUACUGUCAGAUACAGACUGGAGAAAAAGUGCAGAACUCAACAAUGCUGCUCGUUGACGUAGAGUACUCUCCUCAAAACACAGCUGUCUCAGUCUCUCCUGCUGGAGAGCUACAAGACGGGCUUCCUGUCACUCUGACCUGCAGCAGUGAUGCUAACCCGCCUGUCCGCACAUUCACCUGGUACAAGGGCGAAGCGUGUCUAUCUACAGCAGACAAAAGCUUUCACCAAGCAAGACAAUCCACGGCUACACCCACAGGACGACGCCCGACACUCAGCAGGGCCAACAUCACCACUCAGGAAUAUGGGCAGCACUGCUGUGUUGCACGCAACAGACAUGGAUCACAGACCAAAGCCGUAACACUCCAAGGUCCCAGAGCGACAACCCCACUGAUGCUUAUCGGAGUAACCAUCGGGGUUCUACUGGCUAUUGUGGCCAUAGUGACCAUUCUGUUAACAAGGAGACGGAAGUCAUCAAGACACCAGUCGUAUGUCCUGACCAAUACAACUGCUCCAGCACAUUAAGGACUCAAAAAAAAAAAAAAAAAUACAAAAAAACACCAUACAACCACCAGAGGGCUAUUUCACAAAACCAA